UCACCACUACCACCAUUCCUACCAUUAUUACUACUACAAAUGCUACCGUUAACACCCUCACCCACCACCAUAACAAUCACCAUUCCUACCAUUAUUGUUACUGCUACCACUCACCCACACCACCAUAACCAUCACGAUUCCUACCAUUACUUCUGCUGCCGCUAACACCCUCUCUAUCACUACUUUCACUGCUACCACUGCAAUUACCACCUCCACCACCACCUCCACCUCCACCGUUACAUAGCUACGCCCUGCUUUUUACUUUUAGCCCCACCUCCACCUCCACCGCCCUCCUCUUCCACCACCACCCUCAAUUUAACUCCACAACCAAGAUUUUACAUUCCCGUUAUCACACCCAAUUUCUCCACCACCCCAUUACCAGCAGCACCACCAGCACAACCAUUACCACCCAAAAAGCCAAGCCCUCACCAGCAGCCCCACUACCACCACCACCACAUUAAAAUAUUCCACCACCAGUCGACCACCCCCACCACUGAUGUCACAACUUAGCACUUCAUCAACACACACACACACACACACACAUACACACCCAACCAACACUUCACACUCAACCUCUUUACCACCAGCAUCACCACCACCACCUCCACCUCCGCCGCCGCAGCCUCCCCGUUGCCGCCACACAACAAGCGGGUGUCGGGGUGUCGGGGCGGGUCGGGACACCUAUUGAUCUGGGUUAAUAAUGCAUGGGAAUUUUAUCCGCGUGACCCCGUGGCGAGGCGGCGAGAGGCUGGGGGCGGCGGCACCUCUCGGGACCCGACCCGCCCCGCCCCGCCCCGCCCCCUGGUUGCCCCGCGCCCUCAAGCUGGAAGGGACGGGGGCGGGGCGGGGCGGGGCGAGACUAUGAGGAUGGCAUCUUGAAUAGGGGAGAAACACAGCCUGAAUGGUGCAGUGUGUGUGUGUGUGUGUGUGUGUGUACAAGCACGGAGAGUUUAUGUGUGGAUAGGGAAGAUACAUGGCACACACAGACACACACCUUCAUGAUGUAAGUGUAAAGUAUCUGUGGUGUUUCCUAAGCUUAUAGUUGAAACGUGAGUGGAUACUGGGGUAUGGCAUAACUAUCAGGGAAUUAAACGGUUCAUACGUCUGCAUAUUUGAUUUAGAUGAAAAGCCCCCUCCCUAAAAAAGUAGACUAGUUGACUAAUUGAUCAACAUAAAUAGAGGCAGGUUUAAAAGGAAACGAUAUUUUUUGAUCUUCCGAAUCCAUAAGGGACGGAAGCCAGGAUAUUAUUGAACAUUACCUGAUUUUCACUUACUUGAGGUAGUUGAGGAUAUCCUGCUCGUGAGUUUGAUAUGCAGUUAACAGGAGGCAACUUUCUUUCAGAGGUGACUAAUUUUGGUAUGAAUAGGAAGCGAUGGUGAAUUCUUGCUUUGGAAACAUAACUAAUCCACUUGGAAAUUUUGGCUAUUGGUGUUGAAAAGUAAAUUUAUAUGGUAGUUAGACCAGAGAAGAUAACCACAUUUUAGGUGACGAAUUCUUGCACUGGAAAGUUGGACAGUUUGACGAAGAAAUAUUGUAUGAGUAGUGGGGCCCAAAAGUUUAUUUCUAGGGGAGGCAGACAGGAAAAGGAGGAAUGGUACUUGGAUGAAAAUAGUUAACAUUAUGGAAGAAUGAGUGAGAUAAGUUUGAUGGUGAAAGAGGAGGAAGGAAUAUGAAUGAAUAAUCUUUAUUUUUGUGUAGAUAUACCGGCAGAGAGAGAGAGAGAGAGAGAGAGAGAGAGAGAGAGAGAGAGAGAGAGAGAGAGAGAGAGGUGAAAAUUGCCGAUUUGAUAUAUUACACGACUCACGUCAUAGGAGGUCUGUGAAGGCUGGUCUCGACACUUGUACAGAUGAAACACUUGUCUUGUACACGUAGUGGUGUGGCGGCCGUGCAGCUGACACGCCGGCGAGGCAUUGACACCUGGUGAGGACGAGGGGGGGGGUGAGGGGGAGGUGGCCAGGUGUGGGGGUAAUCGAAAUGCACAUAUAAAACCCAAACAUUCACACAAACACAUGUACACUCACCCACCGUCAUGAGCUGUUUUCUUUUACUUUUUCCUCGUGUGUGUGUGUGUGUGUGUGUGUGUGUGUAUGUGAGAGAGAGAGAGAGGGACGGGCUUAGCGGGUUGGUCGUUAGCAGCCAGGAUAAACACCUCUUGAACCGCCUGAAAUUUCAACCACGUCAUAUUGAUCUGUCGAGUAUUGUCAUCCCCGCCCAGCCUCCCCUGCUCCAUCCCAUCCCGCCUUGGCUCACCCGCCCCCAACCCACGCGCCCGCCAGCCCGCCCGUUCGUCUGUUCGUCUGUCUGUCUGUCUGUCUGUCACUGUGACCCUCCACCAUCGCUCCACACACACACACACACACACACACACACACACACUUUCACUCUCUCUCCCUCUGCCUCCGUUUCAUACAAGCAUCAAACACACACACACACACACACACACACACACACACACACACACACACACACACACACACACACACACACACACUAUGCCCUCCCACGUUGGCCCGUAUACUCCCACGCCCUCGCUUUGUCAUCUGAAUUUCGUCUCGUGUCCUCCUGUGUAUCUGCUGUCCCCUUCCCCCCUUUCUCUCUCUCUCUCUCUCUCUCUCUCUCUCUCUCUCUCUCUCUCUCUCUCUCUCUAUCUAUCUAUCUAUCUAUCUAUCUCUGCCACACCCAUCGCUUCCUUCCUCAUCCUAACAUUGCUAACAUUUUACUCACUCAAUCUCAGUCAGUCAGUCACUCCUUCCUUCACAACCUUGAGGUGCUGCGGCUCCUUCCUCCGGCGUGUUACAAGGCUUUGAGGAACUGUGAGGCGCGAUCUAAAUGAAGGCAGGGCAUGUUAGCUCACGAAGUGUUUGAUGUUGCGGGAGGGAAGACGAAGGGUGCGGGUGAUGGAGGGAAGGGAGAGAGAGUGUGGUUGGGGUGAGUCUGCUGAUAGGGAGGGGGUUGUGGGUUCAUGGAUUCGGGAGCUUGAGUUUGGAAUGGUUACAAGGAAGUGCAGAGGAGAGACGAAGGUAGCGGUGUAGGAAGGGAGGGAGAGAGAGUGUGGUUGGGGUGAGUCUGCUGAUAGGGAGGGGGUUGUGGGUUCAUGGAUUCGGGAGCUUGAUUUGGAAUGAUUACAAGAAAGUACAGAUAGAGAAACAGACAUGCACCCUUGUAGAUAGACAACCAAAUAGAAAAACAAACAAAGACAUAAUACAGACAGACACAGAGGCACAGACAAACAAAAGAAGCGAGUUAUGAUUCCACGUAGCUAAAUCCAAUGUUAACACGUAUUUGUUGUAUGUGUAUUUAGCUGAGUUUGUGAAUGGCAGUAUGUGUGCGUAUGUAGCUGACGGUGUGGAUAUUGUAUGUUGCCGAUUAUGUAUGUGAAUGCAGAAUGUGUAUGUGGGUGACUGAAUGAAUGGCAGAUUGAAAAGGUUAGUUUGUUGUGCUUAUGGAAGAGAGAGAGAGAGAGAGAGAGAGAGAGAGAGAGAGAGAGAGAGAGAGAGAGAGAGAGAGAGAGAGAGAGACUUACUGCACAAGAGAGAAAUACAAGCUAAAAAGUCGACGGUAAGAGCUUUGAGAGGCAUUUUGUAACCUUGUACUUAUGGAGAGAAAGAGAAGGCAACGUACUAUUCUAGACGAGGGGAAUAUAAACUAAAGAGUCGUUUGGGAAAAUGCUUCUAGAGGCGUUUUGGUGUGUUAUGUACUAUCUUAUUAUGUUGUAGUGGUGGUGGUGGCUGCAGGUGUAAACAGGGGGGAGAGGGAGGAAGGGAGGGUGGAAGAAGAGAAAGGAUCCUGGACGCGCGUCUUCGUAUUAAAGGUCACGUAUUGGAUCGAGUUACUAUCCGUGUGUGUGUCAGAGAGAGAGAGAGAGAGAGAGAGAGAGAGAGAGAGAGAGAGAGAGAGAGAGAGAGAGAGAGAGAGAGAAUCCCCCCUCCCCCCAGUUUGCAAAUCCAUGUAAUGUCAUUUAUUUUGUGCCCUGGUUCUUUCGACACUUUGCCCUCGUCCGUACAGCAGCGAGGAACAAGCCGGACAGACAGGCGGGCACGUAUUAACUAUUGCCUCGGAUAAAAAGAUGUCGGAAAUAUCAGAUAGUUUCAAAUAAUUAGGGAAAAUAUCACGGGGUUAUUCGUAUUAAGGCCAUCAGGGAAGAGCUUCGACGAAACGGUCUAAAAUAUUAUUAUGAAGGGAAACGCUCGGGAUGAUAAUAAUUUUUAUGUGAAAUGUUUGUAGCGGCGGAGUAUGUAAGAGCUGUUGUUGUCCUUCUCGCUUCGUUGGUAUUUCCGUCUAAAUAUUUUCUUGGUGUAGGGGCGCACACGGGCUCCGGGAAUCCCCUUCACCCCUACCGCCCUCUACAUGGCGGCGAGGUAUGGGGUCAUUGUAGACCUGACUGGGUGACCGGAUAGUAUUUCUUUGGCAGAGGGUUUCCUUGCAUUAUGUAUAUAAAAAAAAAGGUUUGAAUCCUGGUAACGGCGAUUUUUUACUCUGAAUGGGAGUGAACGGACACCUCCUAUGAGUGGGCAUGGACUGAGCUUCCGUAAUUGCCGCCACCUUGCUAUUUUUAUUGGUGUUCUGUUCGUCCAUAAAAAUUUUCUCUUAAGUCUUUGAAAUUUGAGGAGUGUUAGAAGCUUUAUGCGAGUCCGAGGCAUCAGCGCGGCAUCGCCAGGGUGCAGCAGCCAUCAGCAAGGUAUUUGUAGGGAUAUUAACGCCGCGCCACAACUGGUCUCGUAAAAUAUUGUUGAUGCCCUCAAGUGUUUUUAAAAUGUGGUUUUGAUUCAGUCGAGGAAAGAACUUCAAUUAGAGUGAAAUUGACUUUGAGCGACUUAAAGCGGAAUAUUUAUGAUAACGACUUUUCAUACCUCACAAUAUUUAAGAUUAUUAAAAUUACAAACGGAUAGUUGCAUUCUUGCACUGGCUUUUUGAAAUAAAAACAGGCAACUAUAUAUUUUUAAUACCUUUAUCAAGUAUAUUGCAAAAAAGUUUCAAAACACCAUCUUCAUGAGUCACAAAUGAGUGAAAGGGGCAGACUUAAGGGGCCGGAGCCAGGGCCUGGUGGUGUGUUCCCAGCCUGCAGCGCACGCACGCCACACGGCCGGCGGCGGCGGGGCCGGACGCUGCACGUUUGGGAUGCGAGUCAAGCUGCCGAUUUCGUAAAGAUGUUAAAAUCUUUACCAGUCCUCGAAGCGAGGCUGAUUCAAUUUCUGCUUCGUUUUAAUUCACCAGAAGAAUUCGAUUUACUUCAAAUUUUAUAAAUAUUAGUAGCAGAUAAAUCAGAUUCAAGGUGAUGUAAAUGCCCUCAGCGUCAGUUUCUGUACAAUAAAGAUUAUGGACUAUUGCAUCAAAAGAUCGCAAGAAAAUGCGAAAAUAUUGUUAUUGGUUCGACUGAUUUACUGAUACCCCCCCAAAAAAUCAAUUGCAAUUUGAUAUUGGGAUUCGCUUUUUGGGAAGAAGUCUUUUACGUACUUAUUGUUUUUAUCUUACAAAGUUUCAUUUAGUUUCUGCUGUGGUUUGAACUACCCUGCUGCCGCAUCCCCCGCCCACACAGGUGGUGGUGGUGGUGGAUAACUUGAAAUGGAGAAAACGUCGAGUCAUUCUUUGCUGUGACGUGUGAAAAAGAUGUACAGCGUAAUUACUUUACUACAGCAGGUAACCUUGUUAGGUCUACAGACAAUGCAUUUAUUCGUGUGUGUGUGUGUGUGUGUGUGUGUGUGUGUGUGUGUGUGUGUGUGUGUCCACCUCUUUUGCACCCUUCUCUCGUGGCACAAACCCACUACGUCUCCAUUUACCUGGGGGUGAACGGAGGUGGCGAGAGACGCGAGUUGAAUGUACGGCGCUGAGCACAUAUGGUUAUUGGUGAAGGAAGGUGAAGGACAGUGUGUGUAUUUUAUGUGUUGAGUAUAUAUAGUGAGGUGUGGUGUGAGGCGCUGCUUGUGUGUGUAUACAGCGAUGGAAGGAAUGGAGAGGCAGAAGCAGUGAGGCGAGGAAACCCAUCUCUCCGAAAGUGACAAACAGACUGCUCAGGUAACACACCAUAUUCGUCGAACACACCAGCUGCCCUAUUGAGACGUGGGGGUGGGGGUUGGCGUGGGCGUGCGAGGACUGGACGCUGGAUGAAGGCUUGGGGCAAGGGAGGGGGGUAAGGGAAUGUAUGUCGAGACGAGGAAUGGGUGUGUGUGACGGUGUGUGAGGGAUGGCGUGCGAUAAGGUGAGGUAUGGUGUGCGAUAAGGCGUGGUAAGGUGUGCGUGGGUGACGAGGGGUGAGCACUGACCGUCUGGGUGGUUGGGUGGCGCGGGGCUGAAACCAAGUGGGUGGUGAGGUUCAAGGCAGGGUGGCUGGCGCUCCGAGGAUGCAGGGUUAGGGCAGGGCGACGCGGCUGUGGGCUGGGGGGCGGGGGUGGUGGGCGGUGGGUACAGUGGCUGGAUGGUGGUGGUGGGGACGGAGGCUGGGUGGGUGUGGUGGGGGUAGGGGUGGGCGGCGUGGGUCAGGGAUCACCGAACACCAGGCACGCCACACCUUCCACCGGCUAGCGGGGAGGACCGAGGCUGGGCAGGUGGCGGGGAGGGCGCAUCUCACCUGCCUCGAGACACCUGGCCGGCAGGCGGGCAGGGGCAGGGCAGGGCAGGGCCGGGCCGGGCCAGCUGGGGCCAGGCAGCCUGACCCGCGCACCGCCCGCCUCUGCAGCGGGAGCCGUGUCGCCGCACUGCCAAGCAUACACGAUUGGCCCAAACAACGUUACCAGUAAAUUUAAAAGCAUUUUUCCUAUGGAACGGAAUGGACGAUAUUGUGUUCAAAAAAUGAAAAGUUCAUCUGCUAAUGAAAAACGCAUCGAGUCCAAUCAUGGGACGAUCGAGCGGAUUACCCUCGCUGCCGCCGCCGCUCUCCGGCCCGCGCACUAUUACCUUGUAAUUCUCGUUUACAUUAAAAUGUAUUAAAGAAUUACAGUAGCGCGCGGAUCAACUCUGCGUGCCGCCUGUGCCCCGCCGGUGCCCUCCCCUCCCUCACCGCCACUCGGCGAGCCGCCCCGCCCCCCGCCGUGUUCAAAAAUAGAUGAAUUGCCGGUGUCGAUACUGUGUGACGGUGGAGGCAGCGAGGAGCGUGUUGACAGACGGGAUGGUGAUGACAGGAGAGAGAGAGAGAGAGAGAGAGAGAGAGAGAGAGAAACACACCGCUGGACAGGCAGGGCGCGAUAAGACCAAAGCUUAUCAGAUUAUUGAUAAGGGGGAGGUAUAGGCUGUAGGGAUUUGAGCACGCCAGAUAAGGCGAGGAGCGUCAAAUAGUGGCGUGGACGCCUGGCCUCCCGCGAGGCACCCCGGCGGCGGGGAUUAAUGCGUUACAUGCGGCAGGACAGACACACAUACACGGGGCCAAUUAACGCCGCCAUGCGGUGUGCCAUCACGCUUUGCAGUGGCCACCAUUAUUCCCUCUCCCCCCUCCGCCCUCCCUGCCUGCCCCCGUCACGCCUCCCGCUGGGCCUCAUACGCUAACCUUACCUCACCUCUGUCUCAUCAAAUAUCGCUCACAGGGAACCUCUUUGACCUCGCACUCGCCCUUCAUCCUCAUGAAACCUUUCUCGCCCUCAUUCGCCUCCCACCCUGUAGGCCACCCUCUCCUCCGUACUCCUGCGCCUCCUCCCUCCCGGCUUCCUCAUAUAGCCGCCUCCGCCGUGGGUGCUACGCCUCCCCCACGGCGCCCUCCCCUCCCGUCCCUUCGUUCCCUUUUCUCCCUCGCCACCAAAGCAUCGGUUCCCUCCUGUGGCUUCCCGGCCAACGCAGAGCCUCCGGGCCCCACAAAAAUAUUUUAUUUAUUCACGUUUUUUCCCUUCCCUGCAGUGUAUUAUUCAUCCUCUGUAAAACUGCGUCGCUUGAUAUUUUACAGCGCGUGCAAGUAAAUGAAUCAUGCAGGCGACUGUUUCUGUGCUUGUUUACACGCGUCGUAAACACCGCACGUCCCACAUAUCGCUGCCUGCUGACGUGUUCAUCAGCGGGGCUCAAAAUUCCCUAAUAAACAGGACAGAGCCGCCCGAUGCCUGACCGCUCCCGAACGUCUCCGUAAAUCAUCAUACAUCUGGACACCAUAACCUCCCCCCCCCCUCCCCCCCCCUCUCCUCUCCUCCCGUUCCCUUGUGUCCCCGCUGCUUCGCCCUGUGUUGCCAGAUGAGCUCAUUCACAUUUAAAGUGGCGACCUAGAACUUGGGUAAUAAUAUAAAAUGUUGUGAAGUACACGUGUGGGGCGCAUAAAUCUUACACUUUAUGGGAGGCUGUGUUGGGGGGGCCGGCGGUGUGGAUCACUAGAGAAAAGGGGGGGGUGGAGCUGGCCUGGGAACGGGAAGGGUUACUGGGGACUGGAAUAUGGAAGUAUGGAAAGCCGUGGCCCCUGUGUGUGUGUGUGUGUGUGUGUGUGUGUGUGUGUUGCAGGGGGGGUGGAGGAAAGGAAGCAUCGUGGGUUGAGUGACAAAAGUUGUGUGGUUUAGGUUACCGCAGGAAUCUAUGUAUAGUAACGGUUGUGUUGCUUUGAGCGCAGGUUUCGGGUAACGUAUGCUUGGGUCUGUGUUUGCGGGUGUGUAGAGGUACUUCGAUUUGUAGCGCGAUUAUUAUGAGUGACUACGGGAUGGUGAACACGGUAAACAGCCUCACUAAUCCUCUCAUUGGAACACACACACACACACACACGCACAAACACCAUCGGUUUAGCCUCUGCCUCACCCAAACACAAUAUCGGUUUAGCCUCUGCCUCACCCAAACACAAUAUCGGUUUAGCCUCUGCCUCACCCAAACACAAUAUCGGUUUAGCCUCUGCCUCACCCAAACACAAUAUCGGUUUAGCCUCUGCCUCACCCAAACACAAUAUCGGUUUAGCCUCUGCCUCACCCAAACACACGCGCGUCGCACUCACCCGCCACCACCCUUCUCACUCUCACUUGGCACGCCAUACAUUCCCUCCCGCAUCACGCACCAUAACAUAACGCCGUGUAUGUGACCUUUCACUAGACAACACAGCACAGCACAGCUCAUCACGUUACCGGUCAGCAUCAUCUCCCACCUAGCCCGUCACGCAGCAGCACCAACAGCAGCAGCUCAGCACCCGAUACCAAACGGUGCGUGAAACCCCAACGACGCAGAUUAAAAUGACCUUGAAAAUAGAAAGCGGUGCAUCAUACGCAGCAUCAGCCGACGCCGAGCCGCCAGGUGUUGGGGAUCAGCGUGACGCGGGAUUGUCCAACAUGCACCUCGGAGCAGCAUGGCGUCACUUACUUCACCGGGAAAGUGCCAGGCGUUUCCUUUCCUCGUGGGGGAUUGUGGUCACUAUUAAGCUCCCAAAGCAACAUUCGCAACACAACACAACGCCACAGAGAAGCGCCACAAUCCUCAACGGGGCAGUGCUAGGUGCCAUCUUUUCUUAUAGGGGUCCGUGGGGCACUCGUAGGUACCCAAAGCAACACCCAACACAACACAUGGCAACGGGGAAGCACCUCAGAGCACAUGAUACCUUAUACCUCAGCGGUGCAGUGCUAGGCGUUCGGAGGAGGUUGGGGGGCACUCCUAAGGAUCCAAGGCAACACUCGCAACACAACACUGGGGAAACACUUCAGAGUAGUAUGGCACCCUAUACCAGGCGUCCUCUUACACUGUCGAGGAGCGUGUGUUGGCACUCAGAUGGUACUCAAAGCAACACUCGCAACACAAUUCCGUGGAAAAGCACCGUAAAGAUGUGUGGCACCUCUACCACAGUUGGGCAGUGCCAGCAGUCCCUUUCCACCAUGGGGGGCACUCCUAGGCCACCCAAGCCAACACUCGCAACACACAACGCAACGCAGCGGGGAAAACACAAAAUCGCUCCAACAAAGAACAAUGAGGGGGACAAUGCCGCCACCACCACCACCACCACCGCCACAACAACAAAAGAGGAAAAAAAUAUAGAGAGAAAACAGUCUAAUGUAGCAGAAACAACACGCGUCGGGACAGCGAGCAUAACAGCGCAUCACACAAAAGAACGCACCGGCACGGCAUCACAGCGGCCGCCCCGUGAUCACACCCAGGAUCAAUUUUGCAGGUGAAGCUGUUAUGUAAAAAUGUUUCACUUUGGCUUUUGUCGAUUUACGAUGCAUUAUGGAAGGUUUUUAUGGGCGUCGGGGAGAAUGAAGCGACGGAGUUGAGCGAAAUGGCAGCGUUGAGCUUGAUACGGUGUUUGUUCGGCGAGGGUGUUGUCCGGAUCCUCUCACGGCCCGGGGA